GCAGACCCGGGCCGGGCUCGGCGGGCAUCCGGGAAGGGUGAGGCGCGCGCCCUGCGCUCCUCACAGGCGCUCCUCACAGGCGCGCGCGAGGCCGGGCAGUCCGGGGCGCGCCGGGAGAGCGGCCGCCUGCCGCUCGCCCACCGGAUGCCCGCGGCUUCCUUGCGGUUCUCCCGCCCGCCUGACUUCCGGGCGGUGGACUGCGAGGCUCCUUGUUUUGCGGUCGCGCGUCGCCCCGCCGUCUGGCUGAGAGCGGGGCUCGCCGCACCCCGUCUCGGGAGACUGCCGCCUCUGGCUGCGAGUUCUGGGGCGCUGCUGUCCGUGAUGAACCCAGAGCAUCCUCCACCAUAUCCGGGCCCAGGCCCAACAGCCCCAUACCCUCCUUAUCCACAACCAGCAAUGGGGCCUGUGGGGGGACCCUACCCACCUCCUCAGGGGUACCCCUACCAAGGAUAUCCACAGUAUGGCUGGCAAGGUGGACCUCAGGAGCCUCCUAAGACCACAGUGUAUGUGGUGGAAGACCAAAGACGAGAUGACCUGGGCCCAUCCACCUGCCUCACGGCCUGCUGGACUGCUCUCUGUUGCUGCUGCCUUUGGGAUAUGCUCACCUGAUCAGCUCAGCCCACCUGCCCUGCCAGCUCUGCCACCACCUCCCAUAGGUGUCCUGCCCCUGACUCUUCUGAUUGCUGUAAUGAAUGACUAGCUCCACACAAGCGCCUCUACCUUCAACACUGGAAUUGUAGAUUAGGGAUGGUUGCUGUUGUUUAAUUCAGUGACUUGAUCUUUUUAAUGUUCAAAAUCCAUUUCUUAUUGAUCUGUAACAAAUGUGCUAAAUGACUUAUAUUUUUUUGGCCAAAAGCUUCAUUAUGAAAUAUAUAUUUAUAAUUUUAAAAUUAUACAUUCUAGGUAGUGGCAAGAUGUAAGACACCACUGAAUGAUUUCUUUGCUCACACCCUGUAUGUUUCAAUAAACCUGUCCAAAAUUU